AGCCCUGAUGAGAGAAUGGGGAUUUACAAGCUGACAGGGGCAAUCCUGCACUACGGAAACAUGAAGUUCAAACAGAAACCACGUGAGGAGCAAGCAGAGCCAGAUGGCACAGAAGAGGCUGACAAAGCAGCAUAUCUGAUGGGCCUGAACUCAGCAGACUUGCUGAAAGCUUUGUGCUAUCCCCGGGUGAAAGUGGGAAAUGAAUAUGUCUUGAAGGGCCAAACAGUGGAUCAGGUGCACCAGGCAGUGAGUGCCAUUGCCAAGUCAGUCUAUGAGAAACUCUUCCUGUGGAUGGUGAUGCGCAUCAACCAACAGCUGGACACAAAGCUGCCAAGGCAGCACUUUAUUGGGGUCUUAGACAUCGCUGGAUUUGAGAUCUUUGAGUUCAACAGCCUGGAGCAGCUGUGCAUCAACUUCACCAACGAGAAAUUGCAACAGUUCUUCAACCACCACAUGUUCGUGCUGGAGCAGGAGGAGUACAAGAAGGAGGGAAUUGAAUGGACAUUCAUUGACUUCGGGAUGGACCUGGCUGCCUGCAUUGAGCUUAUAGAAAAGCCCAUGGGCAUCUUCUCCAUCCUGGAAGAGGAGUGCAUGUUCCCCAAGGCAACUGACACCUCUUUCAAGAACAAGCUCUAUGACCAGCACCUGGGCAAGUCCAGCAACUUCCAGAAGCCCAAACCUGCCAAAGGCAAGGCUGAGGCCCACUUCUCCCUGGUGCACUACGCUGGCACAGUGGACUACAACAUCACUGGGUGGCUGGAGAAGAACAAGGACCCCCUGAAUGAAACUGUCAUUGGGCUGUACCAGAAAUCAUCUGUGAAGGUUUUAUGCCAUCUUUAUGCUGCCUUUUCUUCCACAGAUGAAGCUGAAGGUGGUGGAAAGAAGAAAGAAACCAAGAAAAAGGGCUCUUCCUUCCAGACUGUGUCUGUGCUCUUUCGGGAAAAUCUAAACAAGCUGAUGUCCAACUUGCGAACAACUCAUCCUCACUUUGUGCGUUGCAUCAUCCCCAAUGAAACAAAGACCCCAGGCCUCAUGGAUCACAAACUUGUUCUGCACCAGCUGCGGUGUAAUGGUGUCCUGGAAGGUAUUCGGAUCUGCAGGAAAGGAUUUCCUAACAGGAUUCCAUAUGGGGAUUUUAAACAAAGAUACCACCUUCUGAACGCCGAUGUCAUUCCAGAGGGAAAGUUUAUUGACAGCAAGAAGGCAUGUGAAAAGUUGCUGUCUUCCAUUGAGAUAGAUCACACUCAGUACAAAUUUGGACACACUAAGGUGUUCUUCAAGGCAGGUUUGCUGGGUGUCCUGGAAGAGAUGCGAGAUGAUUGCUUAGGACAGCUGAUCACACGGACCCAGGCUUUGUGCAGGGGAUACCUCAGGAGACUUGAGCUGAAAAGAAUGUUCGACCAAAGAGAGUCCAUCUUCUGCAUCCAGUACAACAUCCGUGCAUUCAUGAAAGUCAAGCAGUGGUCCUGGAUGAAGCUGUACUUCAAGUUAAAACCUCUCUUGAAAAGUGUGGAAACUGAAAAAGAAAUGGCCACAAUGAAAGAAGAGUUUGAGAGAACAAAAGAAGAACUGGCUAAAUCAGAAACCAAGAGGAAAGAACUAGAAGAGAAAAUGGUGAUUCUGGUGAAAGAGAAAAAGGAUCUGCAGCUGAAAGUACAGAUGGAAAAUGAAAAUUUGGCUGAUGCUGAAGAAAGAUGUGACCAGCUGAUCCAAGCAAAAUUCCAGCUGGAAGCAAGAAUAAAGGAGAUAAUGGAAAAGCUGGAGGAUGAAGAGGAGAUAAAUGCUGAUCUGGUAGCCAAAAAGAGGAAACUGGAGGAUGAAUGCUCUGAGCUGAAGAAAGAUUUUGAUGACCUUGAGUUAACAUUGUUCAAGGCUGAAAAGGAAAAGCAUACCACAGAAAACAAGGUGAAAAAUCUGACUGAAGUAGUGACAGGUUUGGAUGAGACUGUUGCAAAGUUAGUCAAGGAGAAGAAGGCUCUGCAAGAAGGCCAGCAACAGGCUCUGGAUGACCUGCAAAUUGAGGAGGACAAAGUUAAUAACCUCACCAAAGCCAGAAUCAAGCUGGAGCAGCAAGUGAACCAUGUUGAAGGAUCUUUAGAACUGGAAAGAAAAGUGUGUGUGGAUCUUGAACGAGCAAAGAGAAAGCUUGAGGGAGACUUGAAACUUGCACAGGAAACCAAAGUGGAUCUGGAGAAUUAUAAACAACAUUUAGAUGAAAAAUUAAGAAAGAAAGACUUUGAUUUUAACCAGAAGCAAAAUAAAAUUGUGGAACGGCAGAAUUCAGGUACUCAAUUGCAGAAGAAGAUCAGAGAAUUGCAGGCCCAUGUUGCAGAGCUGGAGGAGGAGGCUAUGAGUGAGAAAGCGACACGGGCAAAAGCAGAGAAGCAUCAUGGUGAGCUGGCUCAGGAACUUGAGCAAAUCAGAGGAAGCCUUGAAGAGGCUGGAGGAGCCACCACCGCUCAAACAGAACUUAACAAGAAGCGGGAGGCAGAAUUCCAGAAGAUGCGCCGGGACCUCGAAGAGGCCACGCUGCAGCACGAAGCCACGGCUGCCGCCCUGCGCAAGAAGCACGCGGACAGCACAGCUGAGCUGGGGGAGCAGAUCGACAACCUGCAGCGCGUCAAGCAGAAGCUGGAGAAGGAGAAGAGUGAGCUCAAGAUGGAGAUUGAUGACUUGGCCAGGAGUACAAAGACCAUUACUAAGUCCAAGGCUAAUCUGGAGAAAAGGUUUCGGACCCUGGAAGACCAGAUGAGUGAGAUGAAAGCCAAAUCUGAAGAGAACCAGAGGAAUUUGAAUGAGAUGGUGAUACAAAAAGCCCAGCUCCAGACAGAGUCUGGUGAACUACGCCAUCGACUCGAAGAGAAAGAGACUGUAACGCGGCAGUUGUUGAGAAGCAAACAGGCACUUACACAGCAAAUGGAGGAACUCAAGAGGCAGUUAGAGGAAGAGAUUGAGGCCAAGAACGCCCUGGCCCACGCCCUGCAGUCCGCUCGCCACGACUGUGACUUGCUCCGGGAACAAUAUGAGGAGGAGCAGGAAGCCAAGGGGGAGCUGCAGCGCGCCCUGUCCAAGGCCAACAGCGAAGUGGCCCAGUGGAGAACCAAAUACGAGACGGACGCGAUUCAGCGCACGGAGGAGCUCGAGGAGGCCAAGAAAAAACUCGCUCAGCAUCUCCAGAAAGCAGGAGAACAGGCAGGGACUGUGAAUUCCAAGUGUGCCUCCUUGGAGAAGAUGAAUUUGAAGUUGCAGGGGGAGGUGGAGGAUCUGACACUGGAUGUAGAGAGAGCAAACACAUCAGCCGUUGCCCUGGACAGGAAACAGCAGAACUUUAAUAAGGUCAGGGCAGAAUGGAAGGGGAAGUAUGAGGAAAGCCAGCUGGAGCUGGAAGCUCUCUCUAAAGAAUCGUGCUCACUGGACACGGAGCUUUUCAAAGUGAAAAAUGCCUACAAGGAAAACUUAGAUCAACUUGAAACAAUCAAACGGGAGAACCACACUCACAAGCAGGAAGUAGCUGAUCUGACAGAGCAAAUUACUGCAAAUGGCAAAAUGAUCAGAGACCUCGAGAAAGCCAAAAAGCAAGUUGAAGUAGAAAAAAAUGGGCUGCGAUUAGCUCUGGAGGAGGCAGAGGCAGCUCUUGAGCAUGAAGAGGUCAAAAUCCUUGCUGUCAACCAAGAACUGACUCAGAUUAAGACAGAGAUCAACAGAAAGAUUGCUGACAAGGAUGAGGAGAUCAACCAAUUAAAAAAGAACCACGAAAGGACUGUGGAGACAAUGCAGGGUGUUCUGGAUGCUGAGAUCAGGAGCAGAAGUGAAUCUUUAAGGCUGAGGAAGAAGAUGGAGGGAGACCUGAACGAAAUGGAGAUUCAGCUCAGCCAUACCAACCGCCAGGCUGCAGAGGCACAGAAACACCUGCACAGCAUCCAGGGAGCUCUCAAGGACACCCAGCUACACUUGGACGAUGCUCUCAGGACCCAGGAUGACCUGAAGGAGCAGGUGGCCAUGGUGGAGCGCAGAGCAAACCUGCUGCAGGCUGAAGCUGAGGAGCUACGGGCAGCCCUGGAGCAGACGGAGCGGUCGAGGAAAGUGGCUGAGCAGGAGCUCCUGGAUGCCACUGAACGUGCGCAGCUCCUCCGUACCCAGAACACCAGCCUUUCUAAUACAAAGAAGAAGCUUGAAACUGAUAUGGCACAAAUCCAAAGAGAGAUAGAGGAUGUUACUAAUGAAUCAAAAAGUGCUGAAGACAGAGCAAAGAAGGCAAUGACAGAUGCGGCCAUGAUGGCAGAAAAGCUGAAGAAGGAGCAGGACACCAGUGCCCACCUGGAGAGGAUGAAGAAGAACCUGGACCAGACGGUGAAGGACCUGCAGCUUCGUCUGGAAGAGGCCGAGCAGUUGGCCCUGAAGGGAGGCAAGAAGCAAAUCCAGAAGCUGGAGGCCAGGAUCCAAGAAUUAGAAGCUGAGCUGGAAGAAGAACAUAAACAAUCUGCAGAGGCUACGAAAAACAUCUGCAAAUAUGAGCGGCAUGUCAAAGAGCUCACUCUCCAGAAUGAAGAACACAGGAAGAACAUGAUGAGGUUACAAGAUCUGGUAGAUAAACUGCAGAUGAAAAUCAAAUCCUACAAAAGACAAGCUGAGGAAGCUGAUGAACAAGCCAAUAUUAAUCUCUCCAAAUUGAGAAAAGCACAACAUAAGAUAGAUGAGGCUGAGGAAAGGGUAGCUAUUGCUGAGAGCCAAGUAAACAAGCUCAGAGCCAAAGCCCGAGAAAGCCCUGCUACAAAGGUGGUGUUAGGAACUGAAAAAUGAGCUUCCUCUGGGAUA